AUGAGCUCAAAUAACUCAAACAAUGACUUUCCUAUCGAUGUGCUGUUUGCUCAUCAUAGAGGGGAUAGCCUUGAUGUGUUACCAGCAAGCUUCACACCACAACUCCCAAUUGAGAUGUCUGAAAUGCUCAGCGAUCUCGACUACAACGGAAUUGUUGGAACCAUUCCCACAGAAACAGAUCCAUUUUCCAACUAUCUUGCUCUCUUUGGAAGCCAGGCGGAGACACAGCCAGCCGGCAGGUAUGAGGAUGAGGAUUGUAGUGCCAUCUCCAACCAGGUCUUCCGCCAACGACUUCCUCGUGUGAUGUCUGACAUCGAUAAAGAAUCAAGAGAAUCGCAAGUGUCAAAUACCGGCAACCACCAGGAACUCCACGAUAGCAAUGGCCAGUCUAUUUCAUUCAACCCCAUAUCCGUUCCCAGUGAGCUGGGCACAACCACGGGCGCCUCCCUUUCUAAGAGGGGAAUGCGGCACCCACGCAGACAGAAUCAUGCGUGCGAUCAAUGCCGGUCAUCGAAGAAAGCUUGCAAUCUGCCUCUGAAUACCAAAAUUCACCAGCAAAAACCUUUGAGACCCUGCUCCACCUGCAACAUACGUGGCCUGAAAUGUACGGUCGCAUGGUUGACAAGCAAGAACUCGGAACAACAUGCCAGGAAACGAACGCGUACUGAGUCUGAUGGCCUUGAUGUGGAGGCCUCAAACGAUGCGGUCGACGUCCUUCCACCUGCCGACCGGGAGGAACGGGUGCAUUCUAGGUUACUGAAGAGCCAACGACUACCCGCAGUUAUGGAAGGGGAGUUGUUCCGACAACUGAAUGCGCGCGAGCUCUGUCUCCAGCAAUUCAACCUCUAUGUCGAUGUAUGCGAUAUGCCAAUUUCUCAAAGUCUUCUGCACGGCUGCAUGCCACCGCGCUAUUCCUUGGGUAUCGCCGCUCUGACGCCGUUGAGCAACAGCGUCCAUUUAAACACUUACCUGGAGAAGGCCAACACGUGGAUUCAAAGUUGUUGGGAAAUGAAUUCGACCUCAUGGUCUUCGACUGCAGUGGCCCCACAUGCGUUUCGCUCGGUCAGUCUCCUUGACUCCUUAUUCCAGGGAAAAAUCGGGCAACGCUUCGCUUCAUCCCCGUCGCGCGAUGCAUCAAUCAACGACGCGUACAAAUGUGUCGCAAUAGCAACAGCCGCCCAGUUUUCCCUCAAAGUAUGUGACGCGAGGAAGGCGACAUUUCAUAGUCGUGAUCUCGCAUGUGCGACAUGGCGUAAAGCCAGAGAUAUGGUGUUCAAGAACAUCGCAGCUACUGGUUCAUUUCGUCAGUCCUUGUCUCUUGUACUAUUUGGCUUCAUAAUUUGCCCUGAAAAGUCGUCUAAUGAAGGUACUCGCUUUGAAGAGGAUGCCACGUACGCUUUGUUUGAGGGGAUUCGUCGUCUUAUGACACUGUGCGCCAGUGCACGCGAUAGUGUUUGCGAUACACAAAAGACCAAUUGUACAGCGGCAUCGGAAAACAUGGGAGAAAGACCAAAUCCCAUCCAAAAGCUACCAAAUGAUAUGAAAGAGAAUGUCAUGGAGCUCAUUGGUGCCAUCGAAUGGCUGGCUAAGAUGACAAACGCUGUUGUUAUUGCCACAUCACGCGGAGAAACCUGUCCGGUGUUACCAGGAAAAUAUGACGACAGCCUUGGAAGCCCAGUUAUGAACCGGUACUCCAUCCAGUCAUUGGAAAUGUCUAUCAUGCCUAGGGCAGUAGUAAAAGAUGAAGAAAUUCAUGAUUCAAUCGUAUCUCGGGUUGUGGCCGAGCAAACGUUGAUGACGAUAUGCGGCAACGGCCUCUCAGGCGACAGGUUGGAGAAGAUAGUGAGACAGUGUGGCUCUCUUGUGGUCCUUCUUUGGAUGUCACUUGCUUUAUUGAUCUUAAGCAUCAGGGAUUUUGACAAAGGGAGUGCUGGCUUCGAUCGGUUUCAAUGUCACUUCGAGGCCACAUUGAAGCUUGUGAAAUUGUGGAGAUCAAGCAUUGGGGUAUUUGAUGACAUUACUAAAGCACACCUGGAGCAGUUACCAUCAGAUACCCGACGUAUUGUUGCAUUUUGUUUGAACGAUGGAGAUCUGGCUGUGUUGGCUUUUCAUGACGCUAUUCAGAGACUAGAGAUGGACUUAGCACUCCAAAAGCCGACACCGGAAAAGGAUCGCAUCUAUAGCACCAUUGAAUUGACAAAAUGCAGCCGCAAGGCACAUCGGCUGAUGAGUGCUACGCAGGUUUGUACCCUUGCCUCGAUAUCACAAGGGAUAUCGAGUCCUGGGCUUCAAGGGAGCAACGGCCUGAAGUCAAGCGUUCAAGAUAUGGGAGCACACCCAUAUCCUACAAUGGUGGUGCAAGCGCACACCUUGGCCGCCAAGGCCUUCGCUGAUGAGCUUCAUGCUCGGGUAACUAGAAUGGAUAUGAAGGGAGCUUCUGAGAUGACUACAGGAUUAGACACAUGUCUUCGGGCCUUGAGUGGAUUAGAAGAGAGUUUAGUAACUUUCCCAGAUCUAUCAAGGUAUGAUUGCCUGACGGUGGUAUGAAUAACUUCAUGGCUGUCGUCAAAGCUUGCCUUUAGCCAUCUCAAAAUAUGAAUAAUACAUAGUGGAAUCGAUCUCAUAA